AUGUCUAUUCCAGUCCCAUUCUCGGAUAUCUCGAAGCCGGCCAACGAUCUGUUGAACAAAGAUUUCUACCACACCACAGCCGCCGCGCUUGAAGUCAAGAGCAAGGCACCCAACGGUGUUAACUUCAACGUAAAGGGACGCUCAGCACACGAUGGCCCCAUCAGCGGAUCGGUAGGCAUACUCAUCAGACGAAAAAAUUUCCGAAUAAUACAUACUAAAGAAAACCUCCAGCUCGAAGGAAAAUACUCAGACAAGGCUUCAGGCCUUACCUUGACCCAAACAUGGACGACGACCAACUCGCUCGACACCAAGGUCGAACUUGAGGACAACCUGACCAAGGGUCUCAAGGCAGAGGUUCUCAGCAAAUACCUCCCAGCCAAGCAGACCUACGGUGGAAACCUCAACCUCUACUACAAGCAGCCUAACUUCAACACACGUCUGUUCACCGAUCUCUUCAAGGGGCCCAUUGCGACCUUCGAUGCCACUGUCGGCCAUGAAGGUUUCGUUGUCGGUGCUGAGGGUGGAUAUGAUGUUGGAAAGGCUGCUAUCACAAGAUACGCUCUUGCUGCAGGUUACUCGCAACCAACAUACGCUGCGUCCAUCACUGCCACCAACAACCUGAGCAUUUUCUCGGCCAGUUACUACCACAAGGUCAACACUGAGGUCGAGGCAGGCGCUAAGGCAGUAUGGGAUUCCAAUGCUGGCUCUAAUGUCGGCCUUGAGGUCGCUACCAAGUACAAGCUUGACCCAAGCUCUUUCGCGAAGGCCAAGAUCAACGACAAGGGUAUUGCUGCUCUCGCUUACAACGUCAGACUCAGCACUGGUGUCACUCUCGGUCUCGGAGCUUCCCUCGAUACCCAAAACUUCCAGGAGCCAAAGCACAAGGUUGGCGCCUCCUUCACCUUCGAGGGUUAA